GCCCGGAAGCAAGAAAUUAAAAGCUCAACUAACUCCUAGCGCGCCAGUGGCUUGGCUCUUCUCUUGCAGCAUAAAACACGUAAUCAAAACAACUUUGCAGAGUUGCAGAAGAGGCUCAAAGACCAAGAGGCAGAAGAAUACGCCUUACACUCUCCGCGUAUGGGUAAACCCUCCGCGUAUGGGUAAACCCUCCGCGUAUGGGUAAACCCUCCGCCUACAAACGACGUCACUGCACAGGGGGCGUGGUGGUCUCCUUCGCGGGCCCCGGCUCGGAGAGCCGGCCUAAUUGCCAAGCAUGGAUGAGAGGGUAGCAGGUCGAGUAUCAUGGGAUUUCUUGAGACUGCUUCUGGUUCUGAUUCCGGUCGCAUGGCUCACGUUGCCCGCCGCAGGUGUCUUAAAAGUGGAGAUGGCAGAGGAGACUCAGACCGUGUUUCUGAAUGACAAUGCCACCAUCUCAUGCAAGGUCUCUGGUUCCUCACACCUGGACAUCAACAUUAUGGGUAUUACCUGGUUUCGGGAGAGUCUGAAUGAAACAGAGGUCAAAGUGUUUGAGUUUUAUGGAAACCACCAGGAGGCAUUUGGAUCAGGAGCCAUCGUGUCUCUAUCGAGGCUGAAGACGGGGGAUGCCUCACUGCAACUGUUUGGAAUCCAGCUGAGGGAAGCAGGAAGGUACCGAUGUGAGAUGGUGGUCACCCCUGAGAAGGCACAGGGAACAGUCUUCCUGAAGGUUGUAGCUUCUCCAGUCAGCGUCUUGUUUCAGGAUCCAGCCACAGUGAAAGAUAAUGAAGACAAAUAUAUUUUGUGUAAGUCAAGUGGGUUCUACCCGAAGGACAUAAACAUAACAUGGAAUAAGUGGACCCAGGAGGAUCCCCAGUACCUGGAGAUUUCUGAGGGCAUCACCACUGGUCCAAUCGUCAAGAAUAAAGAUGGCACAUUUAAUGUCACUAGCCGUUUGAGGCUGAAGCCCUCUCUGGACCACAACAUGACCGUCUACCAGUGUGUGGUAAGGCAUAUUUCCUUGCCUACCUCCCAGAGGUUCAACUUCACUCUGCCUGGAAUAGAAUCUGAGAAGUCAACUGGCGUGCGGAUCAUUGUUAUCUGUAUUGGAUCAAUCUUAGUCAUUGGACUGAUUUUAGGUUUAGGUUACUUCUUUUGGAAAAGGGGUUGUCACCGUAACCGGACAUUGGACAAUGAUGUUUAUUGAAAAAGAGACUAAAAAAAAAAGAAGACUAAAGCCUUCAUGAUCAGCCUGGAGUCUGCGGUGGUUUUCAAGGGCAGCCUCCAUCCUUCACUCUUCCCCGUAUCUGUGUCCUUCGCCAUGUAACUGCAUUGUCCUCCAGUCGUGGGCUCCCUCUUCACAUUGGGCUCGACCUUGUGAUUUGCUUCGGCUGAUAGAAUGAGACAGAAGUGAAAGAGUACCAGUUCUAAGCCUUGGCAUCAAGAGGCCUUGUGUAUUUCCGUUUGCUUUCUUUUGUGCUUCUGACACUAGUGAGAGGAGGACAUGCUCAUGCUAGUCUGCUGGAGGAUGGAAGAUACUGGAAGCAGUGUCUGCUGGAGAAUGAGAGAUACUGGAAGCUAGAGUGAAUGGCUGCAUUGGAGGCCAGCCUACAGUAAGUCUUCACUUAAUGUCAAUAGAUUCUGCUGCUUUAAAUGAAAUGAUGUAUAAUGAAACCAAUUUUACUGUACGUUAGUUGAUAUAAACAAGAUUUAAGUUCUUACAACAUUUCAUCAGCAUUAUAAUGAGACGACAUUGAAUGAAACCACAUUAUUUGAGGACCCGCUGCAAUCAAAUGACAGCUACUCAACUCCCAGACAUGUGAGCAGAUCUCCCUGAGAUCAUCAGCACCAACAGAGCCAACUGUCAGAUGUUAUUUUUUAUAUUUAUUUUUUUAAGCCACUGUGUUUUAGGCUAGCUUGUUAUACAGCAAAAGCUAACUGAUAUAGCUCCUCAGGAAGCUGAGUUUUGACCAAAAAGUGUGAUUGCCAUGAACAUGUGCUGCAGAAACCCCCUUGGAGAGUGAGCCUGCUAUGAAGAGUGUACUCAGCCAACAUGCUCCAACUGUGCCAUCUCAGGAAUCUGCUGCAGUUUUCAAACUUAUGUGAUGCUCUCCCUGGGCAUCUCCAGCCAGUUGCUGAACAAAGGAGGAGUCUUUGGAGCUCUUGUUGGGGUGGCUGAGACUUUCUCAGAAUUGUACUGUAGUCUGAGGCUCUUGAUAACCCGUUCUUGCUCCUUCUUUCCCAGAUAUCAAACCUACAUCAUGGUCUGAAGGCUUUUCCCACCUAAUUCUGUACCGUUUCUUGUUUCACUUUCAUAGGCACUAGCCACACAUUGUAGUUCUAAUACCAGCUUGACAGCUGCUUUUCAGAAGACUGAAACUAAUACCUGGAGGGACUAAGAAUUAGAACAAGGUGCUUUCAUUAUGAUACAUUCAUGGCUUAUUCAAAUGCAGGAAACACUGGGACAUUGUCAGUACUAACAUAAAGACAGACAGCAGAUACCACAAUGUUUCUCAGAGAAUGUAUAAGUUACUGCAAUUACUCUACCAAUUGCCAGACAGCUUGUUCAAGAACAGACUAUUCAAACUGCUCUCCUUGACAGUCUCCAGCCAACCAGCUUUUUCCAAGAAAAAGCAAAAGCAAUACUUUCCAAAGAAGAUAUACAAAUGGCCAGUAGGUAGGUACAUGACAAGAUGCUCAACAUCAUUAAUCAUCAAGGAAAUGCAAACAAUCAAAACAUUGAGAUACCUCUUCACUCCUGUUAGAAUGGCUAUUAUCAAAAAGACAAGAAGUAAAAAGUAUCGACGAGGAUGUAGAGAAAAGGGAACACUUGUGUACUGUUGGUGGGAAUAUAAAUUGGUGCAAUGAUUACAGAAAACAGUUUGGAAGUUUUUUAAAAAUUAAAAGCAUUACCACAUGAUCCAGCAAUUCUACUUCGAGGUAUUUCUCUGAAGAAAAAAAACCACUAACUUGAAGAGAUACAUGCAUCCCUGCAUUCACUGCCACAUUAUGUACAACAGCCAAGACAUGGAAACAAGUGUCUAUCGAUAGAUGAAUGGACAAAUAUGAUAUAUAUGUAUACACACACAGUCAUGUGUCACUUACAAUGGGAUACAUUCUGAGAAAUGUGUUGUUAGGGGGUUUUAUCAUUGUGCGAAUGCCACUGAAUGUACUUACACAAACCUAGAUAGUAUCUGCUGCACACCUAGUCUGUAUGGUAUACCUUAUUGCUUCUAGGCUACAAACCUGCAUAGAAUGUUGCUGUAGUGAAUACUGUAGGCAAUUGUAACACAUGGUAUUUAUGUAUCUAAACAUAGAAAAUGUAAAGUAAAAAUAAGGUAUAGAAGAUAAAAAAUGGUACACCUGUAUAGGACACUAAGCAUGAAUAGAGCUUACAGGACUGGAAGUUGCUCUGGGUGAGUCAGUGAGUGAGUGAAUGAGUGAGUGGUGAGUGAAUGUGAAGGCUUAGAACAUUAUUGUACACUGCUGUAGACUUUAUAGACACUGUGCACUUAGGCUAUGCUAAAUUAUAAAAUCGCAUGAGAUUAAGCGCAAGAGAAUGCAAUCAAGAGAUGCUGUUAAAUAUGAGAUGCUGCGAGCAUCAUACCACAUACUGUUUUAUAGCAAACUUCUUAUAAGUAGAAAGAGUAGACUCUAAAAUAACGAUAAAAGUAUAGCAUAGUAAAUACAUAAACUAGUAACAUAGUAAUUUAUUUUCAUUAUCAAGUAUUAUGUACUGUACAUAAUUAUAUGUGCCAUACUUUUAUAGUACUGGCAGUGUAGUAGGUUUGUUUACACCAGCAUCACCACAACUACCUGAGUCAUGCGUUGUGCUACAAUGUUAUGAUGUCUGUGACGUCACUAGGUGACAGGAAAUUUUCAGUUCCACUAUAAGCUUAAGGGACCACUAUUGUAUGUGUGGACAGUCCAUUGUUGAACAAAACGUCGUUAUGCAGUGUGACUGUAUACACCGUGGAAUACCGUUCAGCCAUAAAAAAGAAGGAAAUCUUGCCAUUUGUGACAGCACGAUUGGACCUUGAGGGCAGUACUUCAAGUGAAAUAAGUCAGAGAAAGACAGAUUCAUAUGAUCUCACUUAUAUGUGGAAUCUAAAAACAGAAAAAGAGCUCAUAGAUACAGAAGUCAGACUGGUGGUGGUUCAAGGUGGGAAAUAAGAAGGGGGUGGAAUGGGUGAAGGGGGGUCAAAAAGUAAAGACCGAAUUUUUUAAAAUUUAUUUAUAAACUUCGAAUUUUAAAUAUGUCAUGAGGAUGUAAUGUAUAGCAUGGUAACUAGAGUUAAUCAUACUGUAUUGUAUAUUUGAAAGUUGCAAAGGAUAAAUCUUAAAAGUUAUCAUGAAAAAAUUGUAAUUGUUAUGGAUUUUAACUAGAUUUAUUGUAGUGAUCAUUUUGCAAUAUAUACAAAUAUCAAAUCUUAUGUCAUAUACCUGAAACUAAUAUAAUGUUAUAGAUCAAUUAUACCUCAAUUAAAGAAAAAAAAGAAAGCAACACUGACUGUUUCCAAAC